AUGACAGGUGACAAGAAAGAAGUAGGAGUCAGUGAGGAAGUUGUCGCAAUAAUCCAAGAGGGAGAUGAUGGCAGCUUGGACCGAAGUGUUGGAGGAAUUCUGGGUGGCGCGGGCAGCGGACUGAGCAGGUCCCGUUGUGCUGACGCUCCGCACGGCCUCCAAUCUGGGGCCCGCACCCCGCGCCGCCCGCCCGCCCGCCGCCCCGGCCCUGCUGCUAUCCGCGAGGGCUGGUUCCGCGAGACCUGCAGCCUGUGGCCCGGCCAGGCCUUGUCGCUGCAGGUGGAGCAGCUGCUGCACCAUCAGCACUCGCGGUACCGGGACAUGCUUGUCUUCCGCAGUCAGACCCAUGGCAACAUGCUGGUGUUGGACGGCGUCAUCCAGUGCACCGAGAGGGACGAGUUCUCCUACCAGGAGAUGAUCGCCAACCUGCCCCUCUAGCAUCCCAACCCAUGCAAGGUGCUGCUCAUCGGGGGUGAGGAUGGAGGCGCGUUGCGGGAAGGCGGGAAGCACCCCUCCGUGGAGGCCGUGGUCCAGUGUGAGAUUGACGAGGAUGUCAUCCAAGUCUCUAAGAAGUUCCUACCGGGCAGGGCUGUUGGCUACUCCAGCCCAAAACUGACCCUCCACGUCGUCGACGGUUUUAAGUUCAUGAAGCAGAACCAGGAUGCCUAUGACGUCAUCAUCACGGACUCCUCAGACCCCAUGGGCCCUGCUGAGGGCCUCUUCAAGGAGUCCUACUACCAGCUCCUGAAGACGGCCCUCAAGAAGGAUGGCAUUCUCUGUUGCCAAGGCGAGUGCCAGUGGCUGCACCUGGACUUGAUCAAGGAGAUGCGGCAGUUCUGCAAGUCUCUCUUCCCCGUGGUGGCCUACCCCUACUGCACCAUCCCCACCUACCCCAGCGGCCAGAUCAGCUUCAUGCUGUGCAGCAAGAGCCCGAGCACCAACUUCCAGGUGCCGGUGCAGCCGCUGACGCAGGCGCAGGUGGAGCAGAGGCGGCUGAAGUACUACAACGCGGACGUGCACCGCGCAGCCUUCGUGCUGCCGCAGUUUGCCCGCAAGGCCCUGAAUGAUGUGAGCUGA